AAUCAGGCGGGGGCGGCGCUGCGGGAAGGCCAGCCCUCGGAGCGCAGCCGGAGACCUGCGUCUCUGAUUGCCGCUCGGACACUAGUCUAAGCCUAGACGCACCUCCCUUAGUCCAGGUUGGGUUGACCUCACAAAUGCCACCGCGGCCACGCAUCCUCGGGGUCGCCCCAGUCCGUCUCCGUGCGGGGCUGGCAGAUGGGACGGCCGUUCCCAGAACGCCCCGCGGGCGCGCGCGAGGAGAGCCCGCAAACUACAAUUCCCAGGGUCCUGCGCGCCCUCGGGGGGCGCGGCUUCCUGGCGGCGACGCUUGCAGAGAGAUGGCCGAGGCGCCGGGCUCCGGGCGCCGCUCGCUGUACAAGGCGGUGGGCUCGCCGCGGUGGAAGGACGCCUUCCGGCAGGGAUGCCUGGAGAGAAUGAGAAACAGUCGGGACAGGCUGCUGAACAGAUACCGCCAGGCUGGAGGCAGUGUGCCGAGGAGAGCUCAGAGCACCCUUCUGGUGCAAGAAGUGAUGGAAGAAGAGUGGCAUGCUCUGCAGUCCAUGGAGCGCUGCCCAGAAGCCUUGAGUCAGCUGGAGGAGCUGAUGGACCUGGCUGUGCUCGAGGAGAUCCAGCAGGAGCUGGCUGACCAAGAACGGUCCAUCCUCACUGAGUACGAGCAGAGCCUGCAGUUCGAUGAAGAGUGUCUGCGUGUCAUGCUGGCCGAGUGGGAGGCAAACGCUCUCGUGUGUCCCGUGUGUACAAAGUACAAUCUGAGGGUAUCAGGUGGCGUGGCCAUGUGUCCGUGUGGCCUCUACCUCUCUUCCCAGUCUCCAGAACUGACUGAGCAGACGCUUCGUGGCUGCUUGGAGCGCAGCGUGAAUGAGCACAGCACACACUGUCCCCACACGCCUGAGUUUUUGGUCACAGAUGGGACAGAAGAAAAUUCCAGUCUCCUCAUGAGCUGCGUGGUGAGUCCCCCUGGGAUCCAGUGUAGGGGCCACUCAGUCGUGGCUUCAUUCCCACGUUGGCGGAAAUCAUGCUCAGAAACAGGCAGAGAUUUAAAAAUGCAGUUUAUUCUCUAAGGAGUUUUGCUUAGGGAUGUGGAGGUAAUGUGCUUGAGCUCAGAGGUGGCCGUCACCUGGAGGGCAGGACAUGGGGACCCCUGGGGGCAGGGCUGUGCUCCGACUCGGGUGUCACACCCCCGAGACCCAGAUGGGCCGUCCUGGAGCCAGUUUGGCAGGAGGAUGCAGGACAGCAUCAGGUCACUGAGGACGCCGGGCCCACAGCUCCCCAAGGGUGGGUGGUGGGGCGGGAGGCAGCAGGGUCACCCGAGUGCCGCGGGCUCCCAGGUGGCGGCCUGAGGUGGCUCAGGAUGUGGGCCCCACUGCUGGGGACACAGCCCACUCCCGUGGGGCAGGGGUGGUGCCCUCUGCCAUCUGCUGCUGGACCAUGUGCCUCAGUGGAGGACCCUGCCUUCCCCCAGGGUGCAAGGAGGUGGUGGGUGAAGGUUACGUGACAGGCUGGUGCUCCUGUGCUCCCACCACCCGGUACCCCCAGUGGACCCUCUGUGGGCAGGUGUCUACGCCACCUCCAUUCUGGGCCGCUUGAGCCUUCGGCUCCAUCCACAUGGCUCGGGGUCAGUUUGCACAAAUGCUUGAGUGCAGUUGUGCCCUAGACGCUGAAGCCUGACUCCUCACGCCUGCUUGGGCCCCUGCCGUGCCUGAUGCCGUCCCUGUGACACCGCCAAGUGACCUGCCGUGCCUUUUGUCCUCAAGGGCAAGCUCACAGCUUCGUCCUCCUGGCCCUGGCACAUGAGCAGGUCCGUCGUGUAUUGGAGGUUGGAGAUGUGAGUGGAGGUCGGGCUGUUGAAGAGCCCAGGACAGGCAGCUAUGGCCUCUGCCUCAUGGUUGAGGGACAAGCUGGCUGCCGCAGGGAGUGGAAGCCCAUGGGGUUUCUGGGGUCUGGGCCCCUGGGCCUAGCAGAGGGAAGCCCUGUGGAGGCACUGUGAUUGGCAGCGCUGGCUCCAGGGGAUCCGGGAGACCGCUGUGGGAGGGGGCAGCAGCAGAGCUGAGGCAGGAGCUUGGGAAGACCAAGGUUGUCAUCCUAGGCGUGCUGGGAGGGGCCAUGAGUUCUGAGUCUGCUGCAGGGGCAGGAGUGGUGUGGACGCCCCUGGGGCACAGGCCACAUCCUGGUCUCAGCUGAAGGAGCCUCACGUCCAUGCGGGGCCAAGAGAGCCAUCAGCCAUCAUAAGCUUGCAUCCUCCUGGCUGCCCGCCCUGGGCCCAAGGAGUCCCUUGUCAGGAUCCCGCCCCUCCCAUCUUUGCCCGAGGCGCACACGCAGCUGCUGGGCCCAGGCCGCUGUCUGGGGCUGCGGGAGGGAGGUUGGCAGUGAUGAUGCCUGAACGCGACAUACAGGUCACUGCGGACUGCAUACUCGAACCUUGGAGAUGAUGUGUGCAGCCUGAACUCUUCUGUUUCC